AUGCUCAGGGCAGCCGCCGCGACGCUGCUGCAGCGGGCCUCGCUGCCCUCCUCUGCGGCCUUCACCGCUGCAGCCUUGGACCUGCCCUGCUCCUUUGUGCCGCACAACGAGCUGCCCUGCAAGCCCAGGACCAGCGGCCUCACCGAGAUCCGGGGCCCAUACUACACACCUGUGACACCUACAUAUUUGCGCGAGUUGCUAGAUGCGGUGGGCCAUGCCGUGGAUGGGCUGAAGUUUGCUGGCGGAGCCUUCCACGUGAUGAACAGGCGCGCUGUGAAGGCGCUCAACGACGAGGCCCACAAGCAUGAUGUGUACACCAGCACGGGAGGAUGGAUCGAGCAUGUGCUGGCCACGGGGCGCAGCCGGGAGACGGUACAGCAGUACCUGGCAGAGUGCAAGGUGCUGGGGUUUGACACAGUCGAGGUCUCCACCGGCUUCAUCAGCCUGCCUGACGACGACCUGGUGCGCCUGGUCAAAGACGUGCGGGCGGCAGGGCUGAGGCCCAAGCCCGAGGUUGGCAUACAGUUUGGUGCGGGCGGCGACAGCUCGGCGGCGGAGUUGGCAGCGGAGGGGACGCUGGAUGUGUCCUGGGCCAUUCGCCGGGCGCGGCGCUGCCUGGAGGCGGGCGCUGAGAUGGUCAUGAUUGAGUCUGAAGGCGCGGGCAUCACAGAGGACGUUGCCUCCUGGUGCACCAACGUGGUGUCCAGGCUGGUGGAUGCGGUGGGGCUGGAGCACCUCCAGUUUGAAGCUGCCGACCCGCCGGUGUUCAGCUGGUACAUCAAAACUUUUGGCGCUGGGGUCAAUCUGUUUGUGGACCACUCGCAGAUCGUGCAGCUGGAGUGCCUCAGGCGCGGCAUCUGGGGAACCAAGAGCACGUGGGGGCGCCUGUUGACCUAUGGCAAUGGCGGCGGCAGUGGCGCCAGCAGUGGCGGUGCCAGCACCCCUCAGCGGGAAGCAUGA